AUGGCGAUAUGGCCAUUUGGUCGCAAGAGCAAGCGGCACACGAUCCAAGUGACCGGUGCCGAAGCUACUGAUCUCCAGUCGUCCUUGCCUCAAGAGGCCACAAUCGCACCGACCUUGGGUCGCAAGCCCUCUAAACGCCAGCAUCGCUCAUCACGGGAAGACCACCGACGCAACUCGGCCCUCGUGCCCUCUAACCGACCUAUAUCAUCCCUCGAUCACCCAUCGUCGCUGGCCGAUCACUCACGCGAGCACCCGCCCUCCAGGACGGGAUCGCUUCUCCGGCGAAAGCCAAGCCAGCAGAAUGGCCCGAACAAACUUCGUCGUAAGCUGAGCAAGCGAAAGGCCAACGAAAUCAUGCGAGAGCGUGAAAUCCGUAUGCUCUCCUCCACCCCCAUCGAUAUUCCCCAUCGCCAGACAGCAGGCGGCGGUGAUUAUGUCCUGGAUCAUCGACGUCGCAAGGGCAACGAGAGACGUGCCGACCGGUACAUGUCUGACAUCAGCCUCUCCAUACGGGACUCCACCGCCUCCUCCGCGUCUGACAUGUCCGACCCUUACACUUACAAAGUCAACGCUUUUGCUGCCUUAACCCCCCGCCCCGUUGUUCGUUAUGUGGAAGCUCCCCGACUGCACACCGCGAAGAGUAACCGCCCAGCUUCCACCCGGCAGGACAAGGAGCGACUUGCUGCUUUGACGCGGUCGGAAGAAGACCUCUACUAUUCCAGACGCCGAGUGAAUGAACUGGCGGACUCGUUGGAUGCCGGGGCUCUACGAGAGUUGUUAGACCGAGACCGACGCCGUCGCGAGAAGAAGCAACUUGACGACCAGGAAAAGCUACGCCGUAAGCUGCAAGAGAGGGCCGAUGCCCAGCAGGCGCGGGAAGAACAAGCCCAGGUUUCCCCAGAACACGAGCCCAAACCCGCCCAACCAGAGCCGUCAAUCUUGGACACCGAACCCUCCAUCACCGAACCUGAACCGUCUGUAGCCGAGCAACCCGUCACGGAAAGCCAGGACAUCCCCAUGGAAGACGACACCAUCAUCGAAGUGGAGGAGCCGACUCCCGUUCCACAUGAGCAUGGGUCGUGGUUGCGAGGUGAAUCCAAGGGCAGCGACCAUGCGCGCGAAUCACUGGACAGUGCUCGAGUGAUCGGAAACAUUGACGAUAGCUCUCUUCGUGAGCGGAGAUUGAUCCAGCGUCCCAGUUUCGCUCCUUCGCACGAUAUGGCCCUAUCUCGAACCACACUGUCGCCAUCCCACUCAUCAAUCCGACAUGGCGUCAACAGCCCCAGCCACUCUCACACACUCGGAGCCGGCUCAACAUCAGACAUCUCUCGAGGAAUCGAUUCCCGCCGAUCGUCAGACACCAGCGGUCGCCGGGGUAAUACCAUCACCUCCCUCUUCCGCCGUGGCUCCUCCCGCAUUAAGCGACGCUACAAAGAGCGUUUCCAGGAGCCUUCGCCGGAGGUAUCCAACACCUCGCAUGAAUCUUUCUAUAAAGUUUCCACUCAAUCCUCUCCGCCCCCCGCUUCGCUCAUUCCCCCCCGAGUCUUGAUGCCCAGUGAACCCAUCCAGCGUUCUCACUCCAAAUUCACCGAACAUUUCGGCGAUGAGCCUUUGUCGCCACCUGAUUCCCGCCUCCAAUCUCCAGAUAUCCCAGAAGAAGUCCUGGAGUCUUCUCUAGAGAGAGAGGACACCUUCCUUCGUGGACCGAGUCCCACACCCGGCGUUGACAUCCAGAACCCGAACCGGAGUCACCACCGAUCCUGGACCUCUGAACUCAUAGAUGCAGAAGCAGACAACGUUCCUCUUUCGCAGUCUCUCGCCUCAAUCGAUUCCGAGGGCUCGUGGAUGUCUGGACAAUUCUUCAAGCGUAUGUCUCAGAAUCCCAGCAGCCCUAUCCGAUCCAACCUGAAUACCUUUGGCCGCAACUCCGCCGACGUCCCAGCAGAUGCCCUUGAAGACAUCAAGGACAUGGAUGAGCCCGACCGGCCCGACAGCCCCGUCGGCGACGCUGAGCUGGGAGUCGACAGCGACAGUACACCCGCCGAGCGAUGGCACAACGAAGUUGGCCGUCGUCCUGUCGUGAUCACACCCGCAUCUCGCCCCAAGUCUACUCAGGGCCUGCUUCGAAACUUCCCCUCCUUGACGCCCAUUUCUGCCGAAGAGGACUACAUCGUAGCAGAAAGCCCUUCCGAAUUACAACGGAUCCCCAGCGCAAAAGCCGAGAUCGGCUACGCAGAAUAG